ACCUGCUGAACCCCUCGGGCCUCCAGGGGCCAGAGCUCCUGACGCCACGGACCAGCGUGAACUCCUUGACCAUAACUUCUAGAAACACGAGCAAAAUCCCUUUGCCACCUCCUUCCUGCACCAGCGGCCACCCAGAACAAGCUGGCUGUAAGGGAGACACGAGAGCCUCUGUCCUGCUGACACCUCAAGAGUUGCUCAGGAGGAGCAAGCAUCAUGGAGGGCGACUGCCUGAGCUGCAUGAAGUAUCUGAUGUUCGUUUUCAAUUUCUUCAUCUUUCUGGGGGGAGCUUGCCUGCUGGGCGUGGGCAUCUGGGUCCUGGUGGACCCCACGGGCUUCCGGGAGAUCGUGGCCGCCAACCCUCUGCUCAUCACCGGUGCCUACGUCCUGCUGGCCAUGGGCGGCCUGCUCUUCCUGCUGGGCUUCCUGGGCUGCUGCGGGGCCGCCCGGGAGAACAAGUGUCUGCUGCUGUUUUUCUUCAUGUUCAUCCUGCUCAUCUUCCUGGCAGAGCUCUCGGCGGCCAUCCUGGCGUUCAUCUUCAGGGAAAAUCUCACCCGCGAGUUCUUCACCAAAGAGCUCAACAAGCAUUACCAGGGCAAUAAUGACACUGAUGUCUUCUCAGCCACCUGGAACUCAGUCAUGAUCACAUUCGGCUGCUGUGGGGUCAAUGGGCCUGAGGACUUCAAGCUGGCCUCCAUCUUCCGGCUACUGACUCCAGACAGUGAAGAGGUGCCAGAGGCGUGUUGCCGGAGAGAACCCCAGACUCGGGAUGGGGUGAUGCUGAGCAGGGAGGACUGCUUGCUGGGGAAGAACCUGUUCAUCAAUAAGCAGGGCUGCUACACGGUCAUCCUCAAUGCCUUUGAAACCUACGUCUACCUGGCUGGAGCGCUCGCCAUUGGGGUCCUGGCAGUGGAGCUGUUUGUCAUGAUCUUUGCCAUGUGUCUCUUCCGGGGCAUCCAGUAGAGGGCGUGGCCUGAACCUCACCCCACCCACCACUGCCCCAUCCUCUCCUCUCUCUCCAUCCACUUGGCUCCCGAGAGGAGACAGGCCAGCAUGGACAUCCAGGAGAAGGACCGGGGACACAGAUAUUUCUUUAAGAAGAUGACAUGAAGACAAGUAAUGUGACAAGUACCUGGCCUGGACUUGGGGCUUGGACCCAGCAUUGGUUGGAAUGCCAGAGACUAAAGGACCCCCCCAGCCCCAGGGCUCUUGGAUCACCGCCGAUUCAGGCAUCCCCCCUACCCCCUCUCACCGCUUCAGGACCAAGAUGGUGAGGAUGUAAGCAACAGAGACACAGAGACUCAACCCGGAAGCCACCCUAGGAGGCUCAGCCUCCAUUUCCUUGAGGACGCAGGACCAGCAGCCCCGUCUCUGCUCUGCUUCCAGAGGGGACAAGAAUGAGCCAUGUGUGGAUGCUGGAUCCCACAGCAGGGUCCUUGCCUGCCCCGUCCAUCACACCAAAUCCUCUCGAGGGCCCAGAGAGGGGCAGUGGCCUGUCCAUUGCCACCGUGUGCCUGGGUGCCAGUUCCAAUAUGAAUCUGGGUUGUCUCCAGGCUGCUGCCAUUCCAUUCGGGGGCCCAUCAGAUCUGCUGCUCACAUACAGUAUCCUGGUAGCCCCCAGAGAGAGAGAGAGGACACGCUGGCCAGAAACUGUCCUUCCCACCUUCCUCUGCCUCAGCCCUGCCCCCAUGGACACACAGUACUGCUCACCUCACCCCAGGGGUCACCCCUUCCUUGCUCUUGUCCAGUUCCCUGGUGCCUAGGGUAGAAGAAACCCCCAAGAGGGGCCAGGAGGGCAGUCAUCUGAUCCCCCUCUCCCCAUUCAGAACGGAAGCUUGGAUGUGUCCAGAGCAUUCUCCCACCUUCUUGCAUAACCUCCAGGGACGGUGAGCUCACUACCUCCCAAGGCAGCCUUCUGCCUUUCAAUGCUCCAACCUUAGCAGCUCUUGACAGACAGAAGACGCUUCUGUGGCCCUUGGGUUCUGCCCAUGCAACCUGCUUGCUCCUCGCUCCUUCCUGGAGCACUAAGGCCAUACAUACCCUGGCUUCCCCAACAGCCCUCAUCUCCAGGCUGGAGAACCCCAGGACAUCCCAGACAUUUCUGCCAUGAUACUCUCUCCUCUUACACACAUAUUCACGCAUGUGCGUGUACACACACACACACACACACACACACACACACACACACAACCAGGUUGCCAAGCAGCUUGCUAUGGAUCCUAGGUUUGGUCUAGGUUGGUGGGAUGUGAUUAGUGAUGUCUGUCAGAACCUUGAGUUUGACUCGUGAUGUCUGCCUAUGGCACAGGAUGGUGUCUUUGCUCUCCUGUCUCUCCUUGGUGGAGCCUAUUGUGUCUUACCAGCCUCCCUGCCUCCUGGGAGAGAUGGAGCUGCCGCUUUGGAAACUGGAGCGCCUUGACUCUGUCCCCCUGCCCCUUCUGAGAUGCAGCCAGCUGUGUGCCUGCUGUCCAGGGUCAUGCUGACCCACCUUCCUUUGACUGCCAUCCCCACCAGUCCUGACCUCCUCUCAGGCCUCUGAGCUCCAUCCUCCCACCCCGUCUCUGUGUCAGCCUGUCCCGACAUCUCCAUAAAUGAUGCCAGGAACUCAGUGGAGGCUGUUUGCAGGACCCAGGGAACCACUGGCUGUCCCCCAGCCCAGCCUCAGAAACCCUAUCUCUCUUUGCACCCCUCCACUGCCUCACCCUGAACUCUAGCUUCCUGGAGAGGCCAGUGGCUGGCCAAACCAGUCAGAUCAACCCAAAUCCUUUUACCAGCCCUACUGGGGACCCAUGAUGCAGGGAGGGGAGAUUGUGGGGGGGGGCGGUGCUUGAGAGAAAGAAGAGCCAAGGCGGGACGUUGGCCAAGGGGGUUCCACAUUAGAUAGGAGUGGCUCACCUCAAGGGCUUCCUCCAUCACAGUGCCAAGUGCGCCCCAAUAGGUCAGAAGGCAAGGCAGGUGGCAUCUGCCUGCUGUUACAUCAGCCAGGGUCUCAGGCUGCCGAACUCUGUGUAGGCCUUGUGGGCAGCCCCAGCCUGUGCUGAGAGCGGAAGGCUCGGCCUCUGGAAGGGCUGCAUCCUGCAGGCCGGGCCCACUCCACUCACGAGGAGCCAGACCCACAGCUCAGGCCCCAGUCCCACCCACCCCCACCCCGUCCUUCUGUGCAAAGUCUAUUUU